GGACUUUUCAUCCUACCCGCCCAUCAAGUUUGUGCCUGGCAUGGAAAAUUAAGUGAAUUGAGAAGGAUCAACAAAGUUUUUGACGGGGAUAUGUUUGGGGCAAAAUGCAAACGUUACUGCUAAAUACUUUAAUGAAAAAUCCAGAUGUGUGAUUCCAAAGACUUAAACUGGCACACAUAAUACCAACUUGCCCACUGCUGGAAGGCUGCAGUGCGUGCCAUAAUGCCAGAGAUAAUACAGAGUCAGCGUACUACUCAGAAACCAACACGGAGGAAGAAAAACAAAGAAACACACAAUGCGGUGGAAAGGCACCGCAAAGAGAAGAUCAAUGCUGGUAUCAAACGAAUUGGAGAUCUUUUGCCCUGUUCUCAGGCCUUAAAACAGAGCAAGAAUAUGAUUCUGGGAGAAGCUUUUCGUUACAUCACAGAGCUAAAGCAACAGAAUGAUGAAAUGCUGCUUAAUGGAGGAGACAAAGGUCAAGCAGAAGAGAUAAAACGCUUACGACAACAGUUGGAGGACUUAAGGAGGGAAAGUGCUCAUUAUAUUGAGCUCCUCAAAGCUAAUGGCAUCGACUUUUUGGAUGACCCCACCAUACACUGGAAAGGCAAGCAGCGCUGUGCAAAAGUAGCCAAAAUAACCCCAACUCACUUGAUGUCAAAGGGAAUAAUUGUCUAUUCUAAUGGAAAAUCAUCUUGUUCUACGGGUAAAAUAUCCGUUCCUCCAAAUCCGCUUUCACAUCUGGAUAAACAGCCAGUCAGUGCUGUAACUAUCCAGCCAUCUUGCAAUGUCCAGAUGGGUACAGGUCAAACACUUGCCAUCCCAAAUGGAACACAAAUUAAUGAAAUGGUAGUCUCCUCUGCUACAUCUUCAAACAUUCCACUAGCAACCCUGAUUCCUGCUGUGUCCAAGCCUUGUCUUACAGUGGUGGAGCAAUACACUGCUGUGGCACCAGUUGCUCCAAAAUUGCCCCCUCCAGUGAACUAUGUUACUGUGCAAGGUUUAUGUCCCAAACUUGCAGUCACUGCUCCUACUCCUCAACAAACUCAGCCAACCAACCCUACAUCAAGUCUUGGUUCUUCCACCAGUCCCACAAUGCCUCUUCGACUUCAGCCUGUAAUUAGUCUAACCUCCUUGCCUCAUACUGUGAUUGGUAACCCACUUGUUUCUGAUGCCUCUUCAGUGUUUCCACAGGAUACUGAAAUUAGAUCCCUUGCUCAUACAUUACCAGCCAGUUCCACUCAUCUUAGGACUUGUGCAGCUAGCAGCACACAAACCACAUGGACAACACUACAGCUCACUGGUAACACUGUACAGCCUGUUUGUCAAGCCCUGACCACAGAAGCCAACAGCUCUGGGCAGCAUAUUCAGCAUCUGCCUGUAUGUCCAAUUGUGGCAAAUCCACCAGUGCAGCCCACUCAUUUUCAACAACCACAAGUCCCUGUACAACUGCAAACACCUGCACCAACACACAUGCCCGUUCAUCCUAGGCCUCCUCAGCUAUAUUCAGCCGUUCUUCCCCAUCCACAGACAGCUGUAGCUACUCAGACAUCGAUUUUACCACAAGCAGCUGUGGUGUCUCAAACUACGGUGCUUCAUCAGUCAUCUGUGGUACCCCAGAAAGCAUUAAUGCCCCAGCCACAAGCAGCUGCUGUUGCUCAACCUACAAUAUUACCGAAACCUGCUCCUCCAUCAACUCAGUCCCAAUUGUACCCAGCCAUACAACCAAAGCCUCAGCUUCAUAAUGCUUUGCCAUCUCAGCCUGAACCUAACCCUGCUAUGCCAUCUCAACCUCAACCCCGGCCACCUGUGCUACCCCAGGCCCAGUCUGCCAUUGUGCCUCCACUUCAGCAUGCUGUUGUGCCCCAGCCUCAAACUGCCACACUGCCAGUACUCCAGACCAUGCAGGUGCUGCAGAUGAACUCUGAUGGGACACCAGUUGUUGGGACAUCCCCCUCUCAAAACAAUCAAAAUGUUGUUAUUCUGCAGCAGCCUAGUCCAUGUCCAGCUGCACAAGUAAUUAGAGAAGACAUGACCAGUCAAACACCAUGCCAGCACAUUGUCAUAAUUCAGACACCAACAAUGACACCUGCUCCACAGAAUCAUCAGACUAAUAUUGUGCCAAAUACAACCCCUGUUUUGCCUAAUCAGAUGACCACUUCCAGCUCCCCCUGUACUACUGCUGUACAAGCAAAUGUGAUGAAACAGUUGGUUCACAUCCUUCCUCGUCCCACAGCACAGGUCCAGACACCCCAAACAAUCACUGUGAAUGGACAGGUUUAUGUUUUACAGUCAGUGAAGUCAGCAGAGAAGGGGAGUCCUCAGGUUAGUCAAAGUGCUACACAAAUCAUUCAGCCCACCUGUGAGGAAUCUAGCACCAAUCUUGCAUUGAAUUGUUUGGGUGCACUCACUAGCCUUAGCCAGAGCAUUUCACAGAUUUCAAGUCAAAGCAAUUUACAACUGCACACCAUUGGUCCACCUUCAUACACUACGGUCCAACCUACUUUAGCCAAGCCUGCUUCAGGAGUCAGUUCUUCUGCUGAGACUGUUCUUUCAUCUGCUGUACCUGUACCUGUAACAUCAACAUCAGUGAGCUGUGCAGUUAGCCUCCGGCCAAAGAAAGGCAGUGUGGCCUCUGUAAAUUUACCCAAACAGACAUUGGCUAGAAGGCCCAGAUCAGGCAGAAGAAAAGAACCCAAACAGCGCAGAAGCAUUUGCCGAAUUGCAGCAAAGCCAGUGCAUAAUAAGGUCUCCGAAGAAAAUGUUACACAAGGACUUUCAGCCACUACAACAGAAAUUAAUUUCAGUUCUGCUAGAGAAGAUAUGAACCAUAACAUUAGCACCCAAAGUACACCAAUGGUGUUCAGUGUUACUUCAUCUUGCAACAAUUCUACAGCCAUUUGUGUCAAUUCAAGUAACAGACCAAUUGAUAGUUCUGUCUGUUCUUCAGAAAAUGGAUGUAGUGUGACUUCACUGGUGGAUGGAGUAGAACUAGUGAAGAGUAAUGGAAAAUUCACUGAUCUCACUGAACCAUCUAAUAGUAUAACAGCUUGUACUGUAAACUCUGCUGUAAGUUCUACGGAGAAUAAUUUAGUGGUUCAUACAAACAGUGGUCCUGUUUUAACCCCUGAUGGUGAUUUUCAGCCUAAUGAGACAACAGUCAGUGUUCUCUCUUCACAGUGUAGCGCAAUGGAGACUUGUGUAACUUCAUUUACUAGCUCAGCAAUGAGUGAUAACACCACAUCCAGUGCAGUUAUUGAAGCUAAUUGCGACAAGCCAACAGUUAGCAUUUGUUCUACCACCUGCAGACCAACUGAAACAAGACCUGAUUUAGUCAGCAUUAGCUCUGCAGAAAAUGUAUCAGUGGUUUCAUUUGUUGAUUCUACGCUUUGCCAGCCGCUGAGUAUACAUACCUGCAGUAGUAUUAGUGCAACAAAGAGUACACUAACAGUUUCCCACUUACAGAAUGUUCCACAAGUUCAAGCUAAGCCUGCAGGUGAGAAGGACUGUAAGUCAGUGGGUUCUCGACAGGUUCAGGCACCUUUUACAUUGCCCUCAGCAUCAGCUUCACGUUCAGACCCUACUACAUCAGUACCCUCCGACUCAACGCCUCGAGUUCUGCUUCAGGAGUCAAGGAAUUCGAACACUUUUAACAAGUCACUUAAACAGUCAGAAAUUAAUAUGUCUAUGGCAUCCACUAGUCAUGUACAUUCAUUGAAUAUGAAAAAUACUGACUCAAAUGAGAGCAAAGAACCAGUCGGUGGUGAACAUUCUAGUGAGAUCCCAGAGAGUGUCACAGAGUCAGAUUCCUUUUCACAUAAAGAAACUGUUCUGUCACAGGAGGUAUCGACACUGGAAAAUGAAUCAUUUGAGUCUGCCCUAGUAACCAACAGACAGACUGAUUCACCCAUGGGAGGAGGUCCAGGCAGUAGGGGCUUUUCAGUAGCAUCAUUGCUCCCAACAGGUCAUAAUAUUACCUCCUCGUCUAGUACAUUUGGAGCUUUUAGUUUCACCUCUGAGCAAGCAGAAAUCUUAGCAAUGGCUGCCAGAGCCAUAUUUGAGCAAGACAGCCCAGGAAGGAGGAGUGGUAGUUGUAGUGGUGAUGGCUCAUCAAAUACAACAGCCACUGGAUGGGAUCUCCCAAAAACACAGCAAGCCCCCUCCAUCAAAGAAAGAGUCACAAGUCAACAGUUGAAGCAAGCAAAGCAGGCUGACCUAACUGUGUCAAAGACCCCAUCCCAUGUCUCUGUUCGAGGUCCCCCAGUUCCAGCUGAAGUUUCAAGCAGUGGUACAACAGGAAAUCGGCUUCCACUGAGCACAGCUUAUUCUCAGUCACAACCAAGUUCUCUCACUAGUCUUAAUGUCAAUAACCUUAUCAGGCCAAGUUCUAUCCAGCCUUACCCAGGGUCUCCGAACCUUGGUCAGCAGGUGUCUGUUCCAUCACCAGGGGGAGUGCCAAUUCCAGUGUCUCAGUCAUCUUCUCAGGUUAGCCAAAGCUGCUCCGGCCCAGGGCAAGGUAAUGAAUAUACACCUUUGAAAAGUGCCCUGAUGCGAACUCAGUUAGGUGCUGGCAUAGCUGAACGACAUCAAAAGGAUAUAUCAAAACGCUCUGCCCAGGAGGAACUUGUUCUUCCCAUUAAUAAGCGUUCAAAGCCAUGCCCAGGUGGCAGUGUUGCUAGAAUAGAUGUUAAGGGAACAGAACACAUCCAAGUAAUGCCUGGACAAAUGCCCCCAAGUUCCUCAACAGUUAUGACAAGAAAUCACUCAGAUGGGGCAGGGGCCCUGUUUUCUAGUAAUACUUUUAUGAGUACAGUGCUUCGUCCAUCUGAAGGACACUGCUCCACUCAGCAUACAGGACAUGAACAAAACCAGGCUAGUGUAGUGCACCUUCAGCAGGGGCAUUCACAGCAUGGCACUCCACAGUCUGGACAGAACCUUGGAGGAAACCUUUACCUGAAACAUCAACAACAACAGGAGCAACAGAGACACCUCUAUCAACUUCAGCAUCACCUCACACAAACUGACACUCAGAUCCACAGUAUCCAGCAGAGGGCUUUGCUACAAGAUCAGCAUGUUCACAAAAAGAGAGUAGUGCGUGGUGGCCAGACAGGCCCCACUGUUGGUUUGCAGAAGCAACAUCAUUUGGAAAAGAAUAGUGUACAGCCGCAACAUCAACAGCAUCAGCCACAGCAGCAGUCCCAGCAACGUCAACAGCAGGCUCAGCAGCAGCAACAGUCACAGCAACACCCACAGCAUCAGCAGCAACCACAGCAACAUCAACAACAAAAAAACCAGCAACUAACACAGCAGCAGCAGCCACACCAACAGCAGCAGCAGCAGCAAAUCCAGCAACAGGGUUCACACUCACGGCAUCAGCAUCUUCAACAGCAGAUUCAGCAGCAGCAACACUUUGCCAGUAGGCAGGAGAAAAAUUGUGAUGGCCAACAGGCAGGCCCCAGAGCUCAUCAAAGCAGCCUUUUGGGCCAGCAGGAACAUCAGCCUGGGCAAGAUCAUGGAGCUAUGCAAAGACUUAUGGGUUCACGCACCUCACAGGCUAGCAAUCCUGUUUCUCGUUCAUCAGACCUUGCCUGCACUCCAUCACGACAAGAGCGCCAUCGUCUCUCUAGUUAUUCCGCUGAGGCACUUAUUGGGAAGACAUCAACUGCUGGUGACCAGCGUAUGGGGCUUCACCUGCAGGUCUCUCGUGGAAAUUCACAGGAUCAGUCAGAAUUACAAGGUUAUGUCGACUCCUCGCGUGGUAAAGGAAAUAUUUCUCACAAUUCUCAAACUAGGCUAACCCAAGAUCAUCCAGGGACAGCAGACAUUCAGCGCAUAUCAGAGUGUUUGCCUUUCAAGACUCUUGUUAGUGGGCAUCAGCUAAACAACUUUGAAGUGUCUCGAAGUGGCGACAUGAGCAGUAAGUCUGUGGCACCAGUUCAGAGAGGACCACAACCACAAGCAGGAUUCAGAAUAGGGGCUGGUCCUUCUGGAGAUGGACGCUCCCGUGGUACAUAUGGGACACAUCCUUCAGCACAGGGGUUACAAACUGGAACAGGGCUGCAACGUGAGCAAGAUGCAUGCCAUCAGAGCUUUAUGCAAAGUCUUUUGGCUCCACAACUUCCUGAACAGAGUGCACAUCAGAGGGCCACACAAGGUUGUCCCCCAAGUGAGUAUAACUGUGUACCUGGAGUUUCUUCUGGGGAACUUCAGGCUAAAGUCUCAAGCCCCAACUUACACCCUCCACAGACAGCUCCUCCAAUGCACCUGGGGGAGAACAAUAAAGGACACAUUUCUCAGGUUGGUGGGAAUUUGCAUGGUUCAUCUGUGAGGUCAGUUCUACCCCAUCCUCCCUCAACACCGCACAGUAGCUCAGACACAGGGCGUGCACAAGGCUCCACCAGGUCACUUUCAGCUGUCAGUCAGCGAGCCCAUCAUAUUGGACCUGAUCCACAAAGCACAAAGAUCCGCCCAGGAGAUCGGCCUAGAUCAGGUAACUUGAGACCUGUAAACACAUUUGACCCUGAGGGUUCCUUGACACUUCCAUCAGGUGGAGGAGUGUUGCUUGGCCGUUCGCAGGCAGGUGGUGAAACUCGACGCAGAAGCAUUGUGCGUUUUAUGUCAGAUGGUGCACAAGUCAGCAGUGACAACAACUUGGUGUCAGAUCAGCAUCUCACUCAGAACUUUGGUUUUCCCUUUAUUGCUGAAGGAGGAAUGAACCCUCCACCCCCAAUUAAUGCAAAUGCAUCUUUUAUUCCACCGGUCACCCAGCCCAGUGCCUCUCGAACCCCUGCUCUACUUCCUGUGGAACCUCAGAACAAUCUCCCUUCUUUUUACCCUUCAUAUUCACCUGCUGCUCAUCCAAGCCUUCCAAGUGAGAUUCCCUUACAGUAUUUCUCGAACCAGAUGUUUACAAGUCCAAGUGCUGAUAAGAGUAGCACUGCACCACUGAAUAACCGUUUUGGCUCUAUUCUUUCUCCACCGCGCCCCGUAGGUUUUGCGCAGGCAAGUUACCCCCUGCUAACUGAUAUCACCCCAAUGCCCAUUGCAAACUCCUCAGGCAUUACUCCUCAUUUAUCCAACUUUAACCUGACUUCUCUCUUCCCUGAAAUAGCCACUGCAAUGCCCCCUGAUGGCUCCUCUAUGCCAAUGUCCCCUUUACUGUCACUUGCCAAUACUUCUUCAUCUGACUCCAGCAAACAGUCUAAUCGCCCAGCCCAUAAUAUUAGUCAUAUUCUUGGGCAUGAUGGGACCUCUGCUAUUUAAGGCUGCAGUAGCAAUUAUAUGCAAAAGGCUGUCCCGUAUUGUACUACAUACAUGUAAACAUUUUUCUCUUAACUGAAAUGGGUUUUGUUUUGUUUUCUUCAUUUGUUAGCUGAAAUGAAAUUUCAGUUACAAUUUUACCUUUUUGGGUUUUGCUUCGAAUUGCUUGACUUGGUUGGCUUUUAUGGAUGAUGUCAUUCAAUGAUCUUUCAGAGCCAAUUUAAGUGUACAACACUGGGUCAGUUGGCAGUUGCUAAAGAAAAUAUCUGAAUGUAAUGAAAGUAACGCUUACUGUGGCAUGAUGAGCAUAACUCUUCACUGAAUUCCAGAGAAUGACAUUUGAUUCAUGCCUAGGCUUAUAGUAUGCAAUAUGUACAUUAAUCAUUGUAGGGUGAGCAAUCCAUCUAGCUGAAAUCUUGAUGUGUGUUCCUCAGUAACAUGAAUAAUGACUGAGGUGUCAAAUGCCUAAAGGACUAAAGCAGUUAUUAUUAGGCAUUACCUGCCGCAAUCAAUAUACCCAGCGUUUUUGAUAAAUUAUUAUAAUGUGGAGGGCGUUCAAAGGACUUGGUUAAAACAAGUUCUAAGAUUUUCCAUCUCUUAAAGAGAAUACAAUUCUUCAUUGAUUGGCAAAAUAUCAAUGAAUAGUUUUACUUAUUUAUGGAAAUGUGUGUAGAUAUUUGUAAAUAUACAAAGAUUAUUAAAAUGUUUUUUUUUGUUUUGUAAUUUGAAAUGUGGUGUGGGUGUGUGUGUGUUAUUAAUUAAUAUCAAGGCUUCAGGUGAACUUCAUGAUGAGAGGUAUAAACUUACCAAAAAUACUGACUGCUAAUCAAUUGCAAUAGAUAGUUUAAUAUAAUAUAUACUCUAUUGUAUGUUUUACAAAAUAUUUUUCCAACAGUUAUAAAAUGCCACAUAUAAUUGAGCAAAUGUGACUUAUUUGCAAGGUUGCAGGUUUACUGGUCUUUUAACACACAAGCAGUUCCUGUGGCUUAUGCUGUCAUGGGUAGGUGUUGGCAUAGUGAUGUCACAGUUGUUAUUUACCAUUAAAUAACAACUGGGGAUGAAACCAAAGAAUAGAAUGAUACCAUUUGGUUCUGAGAAUGUUGUCAGUUCUCCUGUUUAAAAUGUCCUUGUGUGUGUGUGUGUGUGUGUGUGCGUGUCUGUGUCUCUCUCUCUCUCUCUCUCUCUCUCAUUUUAUAUAUAUAUAUAUAUAUAUAUAUAAUGAGAGAGAGAAAGUCAUACAUUUGAGCCUUGGCUCCACUGAAAGGUUUUUACAAAUUGUCUUCUGACAAUAUACGUGCUUCAGAAUUUGGGAGGAAAUGUGAAAUAUUUGGAUAGUGGAUAUUUUAAACAAGAAAUGGCCUGAUUAAUUUGAAAUAGCAAUCAGGUCUAUAGGGACAGACAAGCUGUCAAUUAUAGCAGUAUUAGUAGAACUAUUAAUAAAACUAGAUCAGGAUUUCUAUAAAUCAGAUUGGUUCACUAUAUGCAAGAUGGAGGCUUUUAUUGCACCGAACGGUUCAGAGGAUUUCUCAAAUUUCCAUAUACAUAAAGAAAGCCCUGGAUUGUAAUAUUAGUGUAUUUAGUCUAUAUGGCUCUUUCAGUCAUAUUAUUUAUUGAUGACACAUCUUUUGGAGUAUCUGAUUUUCUAAUACAUUACAUGGGUGUAUUAACUUAAAAGCCCUGUAAACUACAUCCUUCUGAAACACUGAAGCUAUUUAUGCAGUGUAAAAAGUAUGAAUUCUUAGGUUUGUGUAAAGGGAAAGGUAUUUUUACUUCACAGUUUGACUCACAAAGUGCUAAUGAAUGAGAUUUCAUAUGCAAUAAAAAUGAGAGACAGUCACUGGUUUCUUUAGCUUUAUUUACAUGCAAUAGUGCUUAACGCAUUGUAACCAAAAUAGCUAGGCUACAUACACUUCUAAAAUUAGUC